GAGCAUAGCGGCGGCCCCAGGGGAAAGCGUCCGAAGUGGUGGGGUGAGGUGAGAAUAAAGAGCAUAGCACUUGCAUGUACCACUUGGGCAAGGGAUUGAAGUGUUGAAGAUUGCCUGGGCUAUUGCAGAUAUGAAUGAGGAGAAUUCAGCUGCAACAAGUGAAUCUGACAAAAUGAGAGGUGGUAAUCAGAAGGCUGCUGCCUUACUGGCCCUACUAGACAAGACUGGAUACAACAUGAUUCAAGAAAAUGGGCAAAGAAAAUUUGGUGGGCCUCCACCAGGUUGGGAAGGUCCUCCACCACCUCGUGGAUGUGAAGUUUUUGUGGGUAAGAUCCCUCGUAACAUUUAUGAAGACGAAUUGGUCCCUCUUUUCGAGAGAGCUGGAAAGAUCUAUGAGCUCAGGCUGAUGAUGGAAUUCAGUGGUGAGAAUCGAGGCUUUGCUUUUGUGAUGUAUACUACUAAAGAGGAUGCCCAGCUAGCCAUCAAGAUUCUUAAUAAUUACGAAAUUCGUCCAGGGAGAUUUAUUGGUGUCUGCAUAAGCUUGGACAACUGCAGACUGUUUAUUGGAGCAAUUCCAAGAGAAAAGAAGAAAGAAGAAAUACUAAAAGAAAUGAAAAGAAUUACAGAAGGAGUGGUGGAUGUCAUUGUUUGUCCAGAUGCCACAGACAGAACUAAAAAUCGUGGAUUUGCUUUUGUAGAAUAUGAGUCUCACAGAGCAGCUGCAAUGGCCAGAAGGCGGCUACUCCCAGGAACGUUCCAGCUCUGGGGUCGUGCAGUUCAAGUUGACUGGGCAUGCCCAGAGAAAGAAGUUGAUGCAGAAACAAUGCGGAGAGUUAAAGUAUUGUAUGUAAGGAACUUAAUGAUUUCUACUACAGAGGAUACAAUUAAAGCAGAAUUCAACAAGUUCAAGCCACGAGUAGUUGAACGUGUAAAAAAGUUGAGAGACUAUGCAUUUGUUCAUUUCUACAACCGAGAGGAUGCAGUUGCUGCAAUGUCUAUAAUGAAUGGAAAGUGCAUUGAUGGAGCCAGCAUUGAGGUAACACUGGCAAAGCCAGUUAACAAAGAAAGUACUUGGAAGCAGCAUCUUAAUGGUCAUGUAAGCCCCUGUUCUGAAAAUCUCAUGGAAUUUCGUAGCAGAGAAGACGGUCAUCAAAAAUCUGUAGGGAAACCUGCAAGUCUUUCACUUAGUCUUAAUGGUCAGCAUAGUCCAAGCUCUCCUGAACUUGAAUGGUAUCCAUACCCAUUUCUUCCAGGAGUAAAGCUUAUUCCAAUUAGCAUGUAUUCUCUAAAAUCCAGUUACUUCAGUUCUGCUGUUAUGCGUCUGGAUUAUUUUUGCUACAAAAAUAACUGGUUACCACCAGAAUACUACUUGUAUUCAACCACAAGUCAGGAUGGGAAAAUACAUUUGGUGUGCAAGGUACUUAUUCCAAGUAUUGCAGAUGGUUCGCAGAGUUGCUUCAUGUCACACAAACUCUGUACAACAUUAGAAGAUGCAAGGGAAUUGGCAGCACGGAUGGCACUUCUACAUCUAGACAGCUGUACACCUAAUUCAGCUUGAAUUGCCCUGAAGAACAUAGUUGAGCAGUUGAAAAAUUUAGUAUUUGUUACUUUGAAUCUUGCCAUGAAAAGAAGAAUGCCACACUGAUGCAUGAUUACUGGAAAUUCAGAUUACAUGUUACCCGCUAAAGGAUUUUUCAAGAGGACAUAUUUUAAACCUUCAAUUUUGAAGAUUAGUGCAAUUCAGUGUUAAAUUGUUUUAGUUAAAUUAAAUUUGUUUUGAAGGUAAUUUGUUUAAAAGUUUUCAUCACCUGUAAUAGUUUAUACAACAGUAGCCUAUUUUUAGUGUUGAGAUAGUUUGGUAUGAUUCCUGCCCCCGUAUUACGAGUUUCAUUCAGAAUAUUUUUUAAGAUUGUGUUGCAAGUAAUCUUAAGUAAAGAUUUAAAAGCCAAUGCUGCCUUUUCAAACAAAAAUAAUUCCCAGUAUUUCUGUUACUGGCUGUAAUAUGAAAUGUAAAUACUACACUCAAAGAUUUGUUUCUGUAACAGCACAAAUUUUAUAGGAAGAACACUUCCUAAAAACAUUUCCUUCUAUAGAAAAAUUCAUUGAUUUUAUUUCUUUUUCUUUGUUUUAAAAGUGGAUAUCCUUUUAAAACUUGGUAUAUGCUUUCAGCUCCUGAUCAAGAUUAAGAGUAUAAUGGCUUGACCUGUACAAGUAAUGGUUGUAAGCUGGUGUGUUUGUUUUUUUUUUUAUACUUGAAAAGUUGGUUGGGGGAAAAAAAAAGUAGAUAAAGCACUCAAUUGCAUUGUUUCCUAAGUUGAAUAAUUUUUCUUGAUGCAGUCAAAUAUUACAGUUGGAUGUUUCAUUAAUAUAUUGUCUUUUUUUGAUCUACCUAAAUGUUAUUUAUGUUUAAUGAUAGCUACAUAGUUGUUUUAAGUGUUGUAAAUUUUAAUGUGUAAUAUUGUGUUUUACUUCUUCACUUGAAUUUUAAUAUUAAAUUUAUGCUGUUAGCA